UUUGGGGGUCUCCCAGCCAACCACGUCCUUGUGAACCAGUAUCUGCCUGGGGAGGGCAUCAUGGCCCCCAACUAUGGCCCUGCCCCCAUCUCUGGACCCUGGACCCCACUCAGAGCCCCUCAAUCAUCCCCCUGGAGCCCCUAGGGAACUGGACAUUGCUGAACCCACCGUCUGCCCUUCUGAAGAGGAAAGACUCAGGCCAGAGCAAGCCCAGACGCUGGGGCAGGGCUCUUUGGAUCCUUCUGAGCACUUGCAGGGUGGGCUGAAGAACACUGAGCCUACAUCUGGUCACCCCAGAUUGCCAACGCCUUCUUCCCAUGAGGACUCCACUGGGGGCAAACACCGUGAGAGCCCUAUCUCUGGCUGGGAGGUAUUGGAGGCUGAGCAGGACCGCCUGCACCUUUGCCUAUUGGGCCUGGGUCUUCGGCUGCAGGACCUAGAGCGAGGCCUGGGACCCUGGACAUUGGCCCAGAAUGGGAUGGUCCAGCUGCAGGCCCUACAGGCAGACCUACGUGGGACAGCUGAGCGUGUAGAUGCACUGCUGGUGUUCAGUGAGGGGCUGGCACAGCGGAGUGAGCCUCAGGCCUGGGCAUCCCUGCAGCAGGUCCUGAGGGCCCUUGGAGCCCACCUAGACAGCAUCUUCUGGCGGUUGUGGCGGCUGCAGGCCCAGCUGGUCAGCUACAGCCUGGUAUUCAAGGAGGCCAACACACUGGACCAGGAUUUGGAGAUUGAGGAGGAUUCAGACUGUCCAGGACCUGGUGGGAUCUGGGGGCCCUGGGAACCCAGUAGCCUCCCCACUCCUGCAGAGUUAGAGUGGGAUCCAGCAGGGGACAUUGGGGGCUUCGGGCCCUUGGGACAAAAGACAGCCUGGACACCAGGGGCUCCCUGUGAGCUGUGUGGCCACAGGGGCCCUCAAAGCAGGGGACAAGGCCUUGAGGACAUAUUCAUGUUGGGUCUCAGCCACCGGAAACACUUAGUAGGUCACCAAAGACGCUCCCUGCUCCAGAAGUCUCAGGACAAGAAGAGUCAUGCAUCUUCCAAUCUCCAGGAUGUGAUGCUGGAGAGCUCCCACUCCUGUAUCCAAGUGGCCCUUGACCUUAUUCCUUCUUCUCUUCCUUCUCUUGGUGGGUUUCACAUUGCUCCUGCCCCAGUCAGGGAGCCCCUGCUGUUCUCCUGCCCGACUGGCCAGGACACCUUACUUGGUGCUCAACUAUGUCAAUGGUCCCCCCCCAAUCUGAGUACACAGUCCAGACAUAUAUAAUAAAUGAUCAUUUGUCAAAGGAUGUGUUUUAGUCCAUUUGGGCUGCUGUAACAAAAUAACAGACUG